UACGCUUUAUCACUCGUAUAUUUAUAAAAACUUCCUUCUCCGUUCUCUCUUUGCAGCAUCCAAAACAAAAAAAAACAUCGAAAGCAAGAGAGAGAUAUAGAGAGACGAUCAAUGGUGUUACCUGGUGAGGGAGACAGCACGGCAACGGGACAUGAGAGACCGACGAAGAAGAAGGCUCUCCACAAUUUCAGGCUCCCUAACUUGAAUUGGGGGGUUCAGCAAACUCUGAGGUGCGUGAAGGUCGAACCUCACGGUGGCUCCGGCGACGAGGAAGGGAUCGAAGAGUUUAGGGAGAGGAUGAUGUUGGAUAUUAGAACGGUGAAGGAGUCCAUCUUUAGAGAACAUGUGCUUGGUUACGAGGAAGAUGAUCACACGAACGAGAGAGAUGAAUCAGAGCAGCCGAGGGAGAGGGAGAGGGAGGUUUCUCCGACAGUGGAGGUUAAGCGGUGGAAUUUUAGAAAGAGAAGAGGAGAGUGUGAGGCUAUGGAAUUAGGGUUUGUGGAGGAGAAAGUGAAUACGUCGUCGUUGAUGAGGUCCAGGUUCAUCUCGACGCUGUCGAAGAAAGAGGUGGAAGAUGAUAUGAUGAAGAUGACGGGUCAGUUACCACCGCGACGGCCCAAGAAACGUCCCAGAGCCGUUCAGAAAAAGAUCAAUUUUCUGCAUCCAGCUUUUUAUUUUAGUGAAGAAGUUACUGAAGAUAUCUACUAGGUCUAUUGAUGCCGCUGAGAUGGGAAGUGAUGAUGACGAUGGAUGGUUCUACUUGAGUUUUUUUUUUUUUUGCCAACAUGUGGAGUCUAGUUGGAGUGUGAUCAGAAAGUUGAAGCCUAAGAUGCUUUUCUCAAUUUUGUUUCUUUAGCUUUUUUAUUUCCUUUAGUUUGGUUUUGGCUGAAAUAAUCUGCACAAAGAUACGGGAGAAGUAUGUAAGUUCUGAUGUAGUUAGAA